AUGGUUUCGAGCUCGUUACACUGGAUAUGGUCCAUGCUUUCGACAGCGGUGGCCACCUUAAUCAUUCUGGGCUCAUUAAUUCCCGCAACCGUUCGUUACACGGAGAACACCGCUGAGGUGCAUCGGAUCCUGGAGAUAUUUCGUGGCCGAGGGCAGCUCUUCGUCGAGACAUUUCCACCCCUGUCCUACCAUUUAGCGGCCGCCAACAGAUCAUGGCUUUUGGAGUGGAUCGUUGGCGGAGCUCAUACUUUUUUCGUGUGGACCAUUUUCUAUACAAGCCAUCCUCUUCGUUCGGGAGGCUCAGUCGGCACCCUGAGUGCGGUGCUCCUUUCGGCCGGACUGUAUUUCCAGAGCAGUGCAGGGUAUCCAUACAUCUACGACCAAGACGGAAUAAACGCCUUGGCGAGAAGUCGGGCGUUGGGCGAGACAGUUGCCUUGUGCAUUGUCCUCUGGGCAAGAGCUCGGACGGGACCGCUUCGGCGACUGAACUCGGCGGGUGUGUUUGAUUGCCUGCUUGUGAUUUGCAUGUGCCUGGGCUUAUCAAUCAAGGCGGGCAUUUACUGUCUGGCGGUCCUCAAUGUCCAUCGACUUUCAUGGUCAUGGUCGUCGCUCGCAGAUCCCCAGAGACAUCCAGUGAGCAUAGCUUACAGCUUUGUUGCUGGGUGUAUUCUGCGGGGAGUUGUGCUGGCCGCGACCCUUAUAGGUAUCUUUGCUCUCACGUUCCCCUUGAGUGAGACCUCAUUGGGUGGCAAUUAUAACCUACAUUACCUAUCGGCUUCGCUUCGGCGAGAGCUGCGCCCUGCAAUGGGUGCCUAUUCCCCGGGGAUCUCAGAGCUGGAAGGCCGAUCCUUUCCGGUACUUUCGCUGGUUCCUAGAGCUCCAAUCAGUCUCUAUCUCCCCCGUGCGGGUUUUCUGUGGUCCGACGAGCUUGCGUGGGAUAUACAUUCCCAUAAGUUCAAUAGGAAAGCAACUCCACGAUCUUGGAGACAAACAAGCACAAUCGAUGCUGUCGAAGAACAUAUCACCCAUGUAAAUAAUAGCAGUUCACGAGUCAUCUUCUCUGACGAAUUCAAUACCGUUGGCCCGUGGUUCUUCGACCAGGUCCUGGCUGGUGAGUAUGACCCAAGCGACCCCGUUGUUGCUGCUCGUAUCUGGCCGGGCCAAUUAGUGUACCUUCGCCAGUUUGAGACUGGCGAAUACGUUACUGCCAGCAUGGAUGGAGUGACCCUCAGUGACUUGUAUGACAACAAUCUGGACGACGAGACUUCGUGGUUCUUUAUGGACACUGAGAAGAGUUCCUUCUGCGGUUACAGUGCAGACACACAGGCAUCUGCUCUCUCAGAAUGGCAAAUUCUGUAUGACACGCAUCAAGACAAGGGUGUUCGCCUUUGGAACAAAGUAGCCAACUGCUAUCUUGCCACAAGCUAUCGCACUUACCCCAACAUGCAUGCCCGUGACUCCAAUGACACUAUUCUUGAGACCUUGCAUCUCCAGUUAGAAGCAUGCUGUACCUAUCCGCCUUCUCGUGCUGCCUCGACCUUUCAUGUUGUUGAUGGCGUGUCAAAGUCAUUGAGACCAUCUACUACUUGGCUACCUCCAUUUACUGGACGACUGGCCCUCUACGAAAAAAGGCUGCGGGCGCACGGUGCCUUCACGAUCGACAUGGUCAGUGCGAUGUGGAACCUGUUCUCUUUUCACAGGCGCCAUGCACAUCUACAAGACAUGUCAGUGAAUCUUAAAGAACUGCAUAUCGGAGUUCCUUACUCCCAAAACUGGAGCUACGUCUUUCAAACCUUCAUAAUAUGUGGUGUCCUGUUACAUCUGGGACAGUUAUUUCACGCCCAGCGAACCCACACUCCUGCGCGCAAAAGUCACCUAUCCAACGAAUCUGAUCCCAUGCCUCAGGUACAGCUUUGGUAUUUGGUAGCGCACCUAGCCAAAACAGUAGUCGGUAGCGACGACCUCUGGCAAUGCCAUUUUGAGCUGGGCCUGGCGUGGGUCACUAUUGUCGAUGGUGUGAAUCUUGUCGUCCAUAGGAAAUGA